AGGGAUGGCCAUGGGCCCACCGAAGAAAAAUAAGUAAAUAAAUAGGUAUCCAUGCCAACCUCCCACAUACUCAAAAACAUUCAUGGGUCGGCCAUGACCAUGAAGCUAUAUGUGAAGACGCCGUUGAGGGGAUGAACGGAUUCAAAGGCAGCCAAGUUGGCAUAAAGCCGUGCCGCAAAUUGGUUCCUCCCACCCAACUGCUCUCUCCCCCAUAACGCUAGCUGCUGGAAGGAAGACUAACAAGAAGUCAUUAUACCACGCGAUUUUGAACACCUCUCUCUCUCUCUCUGUGAAUUGUAUCCCUCGAAUCAGUGUAGGGUAUAAUUUCUCUGUUCUCAGGCUCGUGCAUGUCGGCUUUGUCAACGUCCUAAUCUUAUGAGGACAAAGCCUUCUCUUGUUGAAUAAAAAAAAAAAUCCAAGACAAGACAAAGACGAGAGCAUCCCAUUUGUUAUUCCGCAUUUAAAUCACGUUUGCGUCUACGUCCCUUUCGUCCAGCAGUACCACUCAUAGACCUUCCACCUCUUCCACAGCAUAGCUAGCCACCCCUUUUCCCCCUCCUUUUACUCUCUGCACCAUUCCCCUUAUCCCUCCUCCUCCUUUUCUCUCUCAAGUGUUCUUCUUCUUCUACGUCUCCCUCAAUCUCUUUAUAUAUGAGAUAGAUCCUAUCAUGGUUGGCCGAAAAAAGUCGUGCCAUAGCAUCAUCCUCGUACUACCCUUUUGUACUUGUUGUAUCGUAGAAUCUGAUCUCGGCGAUCGGAGGAGUUGAUAUUUGCUGCGCAUGGAUUGCCUCCAAGACUGGCCCGAACCAGUCGUCCGCGUCCAGUCCCUGUCGGACAGCGGCGCCAACACGAUCCCCGGCAGAUACGUAAAGCCGCCCUCCGACCGCCCUUCUUCGGCCCCGUGCGCCGACCUCAGCAUCCCUGUCGUCGACCUCGCCUCGCUCGCCGGAGAUGGCACCGUCGACUGCGCGGCGGUCGUCCAGGCGGUGUCGAGCGCGUGCAGGGACUGGGGGUUCUUCCAGGUGGUGAACCAUGGGGUGGACCCAGGUUUGAUGAGAAGGAUGAGGCAAGUGUGGAGGGGCUUCUUCCACCUACCCAUGGAAGCGAAGCAGGUGUAUGCCAAUUCCCCGAAGACUUACGAGGGCUACGGCAGCCGCCUCGGGAUCCAGAAGGGUGCCAUUCUCGACUGGGGUGACUACUACUUCCUCCACGUCCUCCCCCAAUCCCUCAAAAGCCAUACCAAGUGGCCCGCCCUUCCUUCUACCUUGAGCAGGGAGACUACCGACGAGUAUGGACAUGAAUUGAUAAAGCUGUGCGAGAGAGUGAUGAAGGUGCUGUCGUUAGGCCUGGGACUGAACGCCGAUUUCCUGCAGAAGGCGUUCGGCGGGGAUGACGCUGGAGCCUGCAUGAGGGUCAAUUUCUACCCCAAGUGCCCCCAACCGGACCUCACCCUUGGCCUCUCCUCGCAUUCGGACCCCGGCGGCAUAACCGUCCUCCUGGCCGACGACCGCGUCAAGGGCCUUCAGGUUCGCCGAGGCGAUGCUUGGGUCACCGUUCAGCCGGUUCCCGAUUCCUUCAUCAUCAACGUCGGAGAUCAAGUUCAGGUGUUAAGCAAUGCGACGUACAAGAGCGUAGAGCACAGGGUGGUGGUGAAUUCGGAAGCGGAGCGGCUAUCUUUCGCCUUCUUCUACAACCCAAAGAGUGACUUGCUAAUAGGACCAGCCCCCGAGCUGGUGACACCCGAUCGCCCUGCUCUCUACCAGCCUAUGACAUUCGACGAGUAUCGCCUCUACAUCAGGAGGAAGGGCCCUCGUGGAAAAUCUCAAGUCGAAUCACUCAAGGCUGCCCGAUGAUGAUGAUUCCUUUGAUCUCCUCUCCUCUUGCCUCUUCUUUUUGUUUAUCAAAAAUAAGAGUGCGGCAUCCGCUGACUUUUGGAUGAGUGCAUUUUUCAUUAGGCUAUCCAUGCCUACAUAGAGAUAAAUAGUGCGGCGGAUUGGAUGAUUUCCUUCA